CUCUCUUUUUCUCUCCCUCACUGUGCAAAAGACUUUCAAAUCCCUACUAAUAUCUCCAACCAAUGUACAUUUUUUAAUAGUUUUUCUCUCCAACCAAACACAGAACUCUCAAGUCUCAUCUCCCAAACCUCUGAAUGAAGUCUAAACCUUCCUAAUUCUCUCACACUUUCUCUCUCUCUUUCCCGAGAAAAAAAAGUUCACACGUUACGGUCUCAGGCUCUUCAAUCGCCGGCAACAAUGUCGGACUCCGGCGAAUACGCACCCUCCGGCAACUCUAUCCCCGAUAAGCUCACCUCCAAAACCUCAUUCCUCAGCUUGAAACUCUACAUCGUGAUAGGGAUCCUCUUGCUCUGCGCAGUCUCAGUCUUCGUAGCGAUCUUUCUCUUCAUUCGCUUGAAGAAGAAUUCCCGAAACCGCAUAGUCAAAAUGCGCGUGAAGCACAGCUCGGGGCUAAUCCCGCUGGUCUCCAAGGAGAUCGUGGAGAUCAAGGCGCUGGAUCGAAACGUAAAUUCGGAGAAAGCCGAGGUCAAAAUCGGAAACAAGGAUUUCAAAGAGCUAGAGGAGAUUAAAAUUGAAGUUGACGAAAUUGUUAAAGGAGGCAAAGGAGGAGGAGGAGGUGAAAAGAGCGGAGAGAGUGACGCGUCCGGCGGUAGCCGGAGUGACGCGUCGGUGGAGGCCGAGAAUAUCGGGUGGGGCCGAUGGUACACCUUGAAGGAGCUCGAGGUUGCGACACGUGGAUUCGCCGAAGACAACAUCAUCGGAGAAGGUGGUUACGGCGUCGUUUACAGAGGCGUCGUCAACGACGGGUCGGUUGUCGCCGUCAAAAACCUUCUUAACAACAAGGGUCAGGCAGAAAAGGAGUUCAAGGUGGAAGUUGAAGCCAUAGGGAAAGUAAGGCAUAAGAACUUGGUAGGUCUAGUCGGCUAUUGUGCAGAAGGUGCUCAAAGGAUGCUCGUGUAUGAGUAUGUUGACAAUGGCAAUUUGGAGCAAUGGUUGCAUGGUGAUGUAGGCCCAGUUAGUCCUCUGACCUGGGAUAUUCGAAUGAAGAUUGCCAUUGGAACUGCAAAAGGGCUAGCCUAUUUGCAUGAAGGAUUAGAACCCAAAGUUGUGCACCGUGAUGUAAAAUCCAGUAAUAUUCUCCUAGAUAGAAAGUGGAUCCCAAAAGUGUCAGACUUUGGACUGGCCAAGCUCUUAGGAUCUGAAGCAAGCUAUGUGACUACUCGUGUUAUGGGGACCUUUGGAUAUGUCUCUCCCGAGUAUGCAAGCACGGGUAUGCUUAAUGAGGGGAGUGAUGUGUAUAGUUUUGGGAUUUUACUCAUGGAGAUAAUUACAGGAAGAAGUCCAAUUGAUUAUUCCAGGCCAGCUGGGGAGAUGAACUUGGUGGACUGGUUUAAAGGGAUGGUAGCAAGUCGUCGUGGAGAAGAGCUUGUGGACCCCCUGAUUGAGGUUCAGCCCUCUCCCAGAGCUUUAAAGCGUGCAUUGCUGAUUUGUCUUCGCUGUAUAGACUUGGAUGCCAAUAAGCGUCCAAAGAUGGGGCAAAUUGUUCAUAUGCUUGAGGCAGAUGACUUCCCUUUUCGUUCAGAACUCCGAUCAGCCCGGGAGAAAGAUCCCCACCCCUCCCGUGCAGAUAAUGUGUCCGCUAAAAUUACAUAUCCAUCCAAGAAUGGUGGGGAUGGUGAUAGAUGGAGAUGAUCAUUGAUUGCCUAUAGAAGACAUGGUGUAGUCCCUGAGAAUGCUCCAAAACUUGGUUACUCAGCACUUAAACAUAUGAUCACAACGCGAUGCAGCUUUUACGCUGUCACCAACAUUGCAGGACUGCAAUCAGUGGUGGAGGGGAGAGGGUAUACUUCAUGCAUCGGUUAUAGGCGUAUUCCGCUCUCACAGCUUAUGGGUUACUGUGUGAGGAAGGACACAUAAUCCGAUGCAUAAGAUGAUUAUUUUCUUUUGUGUGAAAACAUAAGAUAAUUACUUAAUGGCUCCCUUUAGG